AUGUUACUUUUAGGGGCCUGCGUGGGCCGAGCAGAUGGAGCGCCGGACUUGUAACAGGGAGGCCCCGAAUUCAAGUUCCGCUUUGACUGCCAGCUGGAUUUGUUCCCUGUAGUCCCACGGUUCAACUCCGUGCUCAUGCUUUAUUUUUAUGUUUUGUUCUCAUUUUUUUAGCCUCAAUCGGUAAACCACUGGGUUAGCAGUAAUUCUGUUACCGAUAUAAGGUCAUUUCUAUCGCCCUUUAAGGCUACCUUACCUUUAUUUGAAGUUAUUUGUUGUUACGCACUGUAUAUCUAAUCAUUGUUUAAUCAAUGUGCCAAUACCAUCCCUCUCUUUGUUAGUGUAGAAAACUAAUCUGCGUCGUAUAUUUGGUAGGCCUGCGGAACACGGUAGAGGAUGCCAUGGUGUUGGAAACUGGUUGUCCUGUGGAUGUAGCUGAUAUUGAGGAAGACGAAAUGGUAAGGAUAUCAGAGAAACCUGCAAGAUAAUCCGUCAAAAAAAAGAAUGGCAGUAGCAGAAAAUUGUUUACACUAAGACCAGCAGGCUUGAAAUGACUACUGGCAGCAGACCCUUUGACCCUUGAAUUUACCCUGGAAGUAGCUAAGUGUCUCUUUCUGUCUUGGACUCAUAGAGCAAAUUACGACAAAUUACCCGCUUAUCACAAGCGAAAACUCCCAGUAGCUCAAAAGCCCAGUAUCUCAAAAGAAAAAUACCCUAUCCACUUAGGAAUUCUAUCAUAUUUUUAUCGCGCUCCAUCCAAACUACCUCAGGGCGAGCAAAGGAAAAGUUUCAAUAGAAACUGUUGGGGGGGGGGCAGGGGAUUGGGGAUGAGUUUCACUGUUUAACACGGCAACUGACCGUAACACGUAAAUACUUGACACAAAGUUGUUUGCGAGGUAAAUUUGGCAUCGCGUUGAAGGGGAAAAUGUAGCUGGGUUAUUUCAGAUAGGUAACUAGGUGACAGGUAACUUUUUUUGGCAAGUACGUAGUCUGUAUAGCUAGUGCGUUUGUUUAGUCGGCAGACCACCGACUGACAAUAGCCCACAAAUACACCUACCUCUCGUCCGCCGUUUGCGGUGGCAUUGGGCGAUGAGAGUCGGCUGUAUUCGCAGACCACAAGGAGGAGAGUAGAAAUCACUCAUUCAUAAUCGUGUCCCCUUUGCUUGCGGCAAUUCCGCGCUAGGCGUGUCACCCGCCCCAAACAACUUUCGCUGGGGGAAAUCCUCCAUGUAGAUGGUACUGAGCACGUAAGAUUACUCGUGUUUCUUUCGUCCUUUCUUUGUCGAAGGAAUCUGCAGAAGAAGAUGAGGACGAAGAUUUUGAUGAAGAUGACGAGGAUGAUGAAUCUGAGGAGGAAGAAGCCAUGGAAGACAGCGAUGGUGAACAGGUAUGGCCUGCUAUCAUGAACACAACCAUGCGUGACUGAUGGCGCUAUGGACUGCCCGUUUCAAGGAACGGUGGCAUUGAAUCGUAGUAUAGACAUGAACACUGAUCACGUUGAGUCUAGUUGACUGUGGUAUGCAGUCACUGUGUAAUGUUGUUCUUUGUCUACAUUAAUCUUUCUGCUUAGUUCUAUCAACCUCGACAAGCGACGGUUGUCAAAUGUUUGGCUGGAGGCGAUUGUAACCAUCGGAAAUUUCAGCUGUUAGUCUGUAAAGGGGAAGAUGAAACAGUAAAAUAUUCUCACCCAGAACACCUGCACACAAAGCCAAAUGUGCCUAAAUGCAUAAGAUAUGGGAGAGUCGACCCGGGGCUUUGCGAGUCGGUGGACCAGGAGCGAAUACGAGGUAUGCUCCAUCGCUGCGGGAGUAGGGUGGGGCGAGAACUGCUAUCGAGGGUGCCGAGAGCUAAACUUUACUGGGACUGGCUGAAUAAUCAAGCAGGCUGCUCUUUAAACUGAGGAACAAGGUCUGUUGGUAUGCCGUGUAUUCUCCCGGGCCACGCUGAGAAUGUUAGGAAGUGCGCGCAUUGGUGCUAAUUUAGGCUUGUGUGCGUGUUUUCGCCAGUGAGGAGAGCCUCUCUGAGGUAUCCGCUAUCCUAUGGGAGUUGCGACGGACGGGGCGGGGCGUAGGCUAAAACUGGAACUUGACCCUCACUCCACUUUUUAUCAAGAAGGCUUGUUACUUGGAGUUAUCUUUUAAUACUUUGUUUUGUUUUCUUUGUUUGUUUUGCUUUUUUGUUUACUGAUCCACAUGCACACAUGUUCUCUCAUGUCAAUACCAAAUUGACGUUCAAACACUGUCACGUUGUCUUUAGGCUAAAGACGAUGGCAUGACAGUCGUUGUUAAGAGUUCAAAGUCCAUCGGUGAGGCUAAAAAAGACACGCAACUUCAUGGCAAGGCUGAUCAUGUACUGAAGACAAACGAAGUAAACGAAUUUAACAUGCAGUCUAACAAAGAACGGAAAAAGGUAAAUUGCGUGACUGUAGGAGCAAGGAUCGACACAGGUGGUUAGUGCGCGGCCUUCUGUGCGAGAGGCCCCCGGCUCGAUCCCCAGAUGUGUCCUCAAAUCCUUCUUUCAACUUCUCUCCUAUCCGUGUAGCUUUAUUAGCUUAAAAUACCCGUAAAACGCAGUAUUGAUGAAGAGACGCGGGGGGGGGGGGGGGUAAAAUGAGCGCACACGUCGGCCUCAGGUUUGUUAAUCAGAUGAUGACUACGUCGAGCUUCUCAACGCGGCCGUUUUUGGCUCGUCACGCAACGCUCCUCCCCAAGAAGGAGAGUAGCAGCCUUGCGUGACCAGACAAAAACGGCCGCGUUGAGAUUAUCGUAAAGUAAGAAGCCGUCAUCUUUACCUUAAUCUUUUUAAGAGAGUUCACUGUCCUGCACGUGAUCCUUUUACUGUUUCGUGCAUAUUUCUGUUUUUGUUAGUUUACUGACUUCCACUGAUCUCGCCUACGCGUAUGCCUAACGAUCGUUGAAAGAUUUGCCGUUUGUUUUAUAGGUCCAGUACUAAGGAAUCUGAUAACCACUAUUGAGUGGAAAACACUGAUUUUUUAAUUAUUAUUUUGUUCUGUGUAGAUAUUUAAGAAGCAACAAAAAGAAAGAAAGAAACAAGGU